AUGGAAACAUACCACGGCUUUGUGCGGACACCCGCAGACGCUAUCAAGCUCUUCGAGGCUUGCAGACUCGGCCUCCUCCCUCGCGUCCAGCGCAGGUUAUCAGAAAAGGAACGCCAGUCCAUCCGAUCCGGCUCGGUUUUUGUUUGGGACGAGAGGGAAGCAGGCAUGAGGAGGUGGACAGACGGAAAGUCCUGGAGCGCCAGCAGGGUAUCGGGAAGCUUCCUUACCUACCGCGAGAUGGAGGGCAAGCGUGGCAGCGGCUUCGGCGGUGGCAGACGCGGUGCAGGAAAGACUCCCGACUCCGGCCGCGGUAGCGACGAGGACCAGGAGGAUGGCGAGCCCGAGGGCUACAGAUACAAGGCGGACGGUUUGAUGAAGCAGUCAUUCAGCAUCACCACCUCGACUGGCCAGCACCUCCACCUCAUCUCUUACUACUCCAGACCGCAACACGGCCAACAGGAGCUCCAGCAACCGAGCACCGAUCCUUCUCUCAGGCACAUCACCCCCAUGAAGGGCAUGUACCCCGAAUCGAGCCUCCACGACAGCAACCCUACACCUGCUCUGACGAGAGGUCCUAUGAUGGCCCAGCCGCCUUUCAUCCAGCAACAUCCCCAACAACAGAUGGCUCCUCAGCCUUACCCUCCUCAGUACGCCCAACAGCAGCCCGGCUACUCAUGGCCUCCUUCGCCCGUGGCUACACCUCCCUACAGCCACUACACCACAUCUCCCUACCCUCCUCAACAACCGCCUCAACACCACCUGCCGCCUCCUCAGGUCUCUCACGCGCCUCCCCCGGCUGCCCACUACUCCCACGCACCGCCGGUUCACCACCUCUCUCCCUACCACGACAGAGCGCCCCUGCCUCCACCAGCGGUGCAGAAGCCUCUGGCGCCUUACGCUCCUCAGCACCAGUCUCCUCGCCUCGCUCAGAUCCAGGCCCCGCGCGCCUCCGAGUCUCCUCGCAUCUCGCACCUGCAGGCCCAAGCAGCCCAGGCUGUCCUGAUCGACCCGAGAAUGCAGGGUGCUCGCGGCUCUCAAGGGCCCCUGCCAGGAGUCAACGCCGUUUCUGGUCCCCCCUCCACCAGCCACCCCAUCACCCACACUCCUCCCAACAGGACGCUCUCCGUCUCGCCGCCUAGGAGCACUCACUCGGACACGAACGGCGUCACGGCCGCACCGGCGAAUAAGGCCAGCCUGUCGGCCCUCCUGCUGCACCCCACCCCCUCCAACUCGGAGCCCAGCAGCGCCAACCCCAACGGCGUCAACAGCGCCAACAGCUCCCCGAGAACAGGAGGUGCCAUCGCCGGCCUGCCGCCGCCGAUGGACCGUCCCGCGGGCAUGAGCCACGACGCCAAGGCGCUGUCUCUGCUGGAUCGCAAGUUCUGCAUCUAG